CUUUCCUCCACACUCGUCUCCAACUCUCUCAUCAGGACCACGGGGAUGUGAUGCUGUGACAAACCCACGGCUGGAAAAACAACUUCACAGAGCAGCCCGUCGCUAUAAUCGGGAGUGAUUUUGGAUUCAAAGAAGAAAAAAAAAAAAACCCAAACCAACCUGGUGCGCCUUUUACGCACUUGGAACUUAGGGGGGGUUGCUAUCUGAAAGUGGGUGAGUGUGUUUUUUGUUUUUUGUUUGUAAAGCAUCCAACAGCCUACAACUCCACAGCCCUGCUCCGUCUGUGUGUGUCAUCCAUAUGUCGCGAAAGCAGGUCGACCAUGACUACAACCUCCGGAGUAUGAGCAACCUGAUGGGCGAGCGGUGGAAGAAAGUCAACGACGGAGGAGAGCGGAGUCUCAUCAAGGCUCCGUCCAGCGCCAGCAUCAGCAGCCAGGGCGCCUCCUCCUCCUCCGCCGCCGCUUCCACCGCCGCUGCCCCAGCCUCCACCUCCUCCACCUCCACCGGGGACUUGGAGAGGGCUGCGCGUAAACAGUUCCAGCAGGAUGUCACGCCGGGCUUCGUCUACGUCCUGGCCGUGUUCUCCGCCCUGGGUGGGUUCCUGUUCGGCUAUGACACCGGGGUGAUCUCCGGGGCGAUGCUCCUGCUGAAGAGGGAGCUGGACCUGAGCCCCCUGUGGCAGGAGGUGCUCAUCUCUAGUACUGUGGCUGCGGCCGCCCUGUCUGCGCUCCUGGGCGGAUUCCUCAACGGGCUGUUCGGGCGCAGAGUGUGCAUCCUGCUGGCCAGCUUCUUCUUCACCGUCGGGGGAAUCGUACUGAGCACCGCCCCUGGAAAAGAGGUCCUCCUGGCGGGGAGACUCGUCGUGGGAGUGGGUUUAGGUAUUGCCUCUAUGACUGUGCCGGUGUACAUCGCUGAGGCCUCUCCGCCCCAUCUCAGGGGUCAGCUGGUGACGGUUAACACCCUUUUCAUCACUGGUGGACAGUUCACUGCCAGCCUCAUUGAUGGCGCCUUCAGCUACCUACGGCACGACGGAUGGAGGUACAUGUUGGGUCUGUCUGUUCUACCUGCCUUGCUCCAGUUCUUGGGUUUCUUGUUCCUACCGGAGAGCCCUCGCUGGUUAAUCCAACGUGGUCUGACCCAAAAGGCCCGCCGAGUUCUCAGUCAAAUCCGAGGCAACCAGAACAUCGACGAAGAGUAUGACAGCAUUAAGAACAGCAUCGAAGAGGAAGAGAAAGACAGUGGAGGAGAUGGCCCAGUGAUCUGGCGAAUGCUGACCUACCCUCCAACACGCCGAGCCCUCCUGGUGGGCUGCAGUCUUCAGAUGUUUCAGCAGCUUUCAGGAAUCAACACAGUCAUGUACUACAGCGCCACCAUCCUACAGAUGUCCGGAGUGCGGGAUGACAGACUGGCUAUCUGGCUGGCUGGACUGACCACACUGACCAAUUUCCUGUUUACGCUGCUGGGAGUGUGGCUGGUGGAAAGAGUGGGCCGCAGGAAGCUCACCUUAGGCAGUAUUAUAGGUACGUGUUUGAGUUUGAGUCUGCUGGCCAUUGGUUUCCUGCUGUCCGCCCAGCACAGUCCUCCUGUCACUUUCCACCCGUUGGAGCCAUCGAUCGCCAACUCCACCUGCUCCAAGUAUCAGCUGUGCGAGCCGUGCAUGUUGGACCCUGGUUGUGGUUUUUGUUACCGUGACAAUGGCUCAGCACUCCUCACCUCCUCCUCCUGUGUACCAGUCAAUAAGGCCUCCACUGAGCAGGCAGCGUGGGGCAGAUGCUCCAACUCCAGCCAGAUGAAAGAACAUACGUACUGGGCUUACAACUAUUGCCCCACAUCCUACUCCUGGCUGGUCUUACUUGGUCUCGUGUUCUAUUUGGCUGCUUUUGCUCCAGGGAUGGGUCCAAUGCCAUGGACCAUCAACUCAGAGAUCUACCCUCUGUGGGCAAGGAGCACAGGGAACGCCUGCGCCGCUGGAGUUAACUGGACCUUUAACGUCUUGGUGUCGCUGACCUUCCUCCACCUGGCACAAUACUUGACCUAUUACGGUGCAUUCUUCCUCUACUCCAGCCUGGCCUUGCUAGGUUUCAUUUUCAUCUAUGGUUGCCUGCCAGAAACCAAAGCUCGGCGUCUGGAAGAGAUUGAAGCGCUGUUUGAGAAUCAGCUGUGCUCCUGCGGCGUUUCCGAUUCAGACGAGGGCCGGCAGGUCGAGUACAUCCGGGUCAAAGGCUCCAACUACCAUCUAUCAGACAACGACGCAUCUGAUGUGGACUAACGAAGGAAUAUUUCAUUUCAUAUUCCUCCCUCUGGGUGUUUGGGUUGGUUCUGUAAAUGGUAUCAUUUUUUUCUUUUUAGUCAACAGAGGAGCUGCUGAUUUCCUUCUUAGUGAGAUUUAAAAUUAGAGGUUAAAGGUCUUCUGCUUGUAUCUGCAAUGUGAUUUGGUUCAUUUUCAAUUCAGCCUAUUCAGGAAUCCAAAAACAGUGUUAACGCUUUAGCAGAAGAAGUCGAAAUGUUUUGCUUUUUUCUUAUUUUCUGAAUUGAGGGUGAACUGACACCUUACACGAGUUGGACCUGCUAAUGUAUCGAUAACUCUCCACAAGAAUCUCAAUUAAAAGGGCAGUUAAUUACCUUUUCCACAUACAAUACACAUAACAUACAGUCGUGGAAAACAUGAUUAGACCACC